ACAGAGAAGUUUUCAAAGGGUGAUCUCCCUCUUCAAUAUAAAGGGAAACUUGUCUCAGAGGAUGAAGGUUAUCAAAGAGAAGAUUUGCAUGUGGAAGAAGUAAGAAGCUUUCUCUUCUUUUUUAAGGAUGGAUUCAAGUGUUUACGGUAAGUUAUUUUAAUUACAAUACAGUAAAACAUCACUAACCGUAAGCGCCAAGUUAAACAAAAAAGAUUUUAAGGUAGUGAGGGAGGCUGUCCUAAGACUACUGUACACAAAUCGACCUGAAUGAAUUCAAAAUAGGCUUCAUGAGAUUGUUAAUCACUGAUACUGAAAUACAUACUAUUUUGUGUGUAAUGUGCUUCAUGAUUUGUCAUCAUUUGCAUAUUACUCCAAAUGAAAUAAAAUUACCAUCAAAAUAUAUGGUACUUUUUUUGCACUUUUUUGGCUUUAUCAUGAGUUGCAUUUAAGUUUCAUUGUAAAUAAAGUAGUUGUGUAAUUUUAGAUGGGCUUGGUCUGCGCCACACAACCGAAGGAAGAACUGAAACUAAGUCAUCAAACCUUACACUACACUUUUACAAGGAACAAAUUGAGAUUGCUUUUUUCCAAUUAUGACUUUGAUUUUUGUGGAUUUUCUAGCCUUGAUGCAACAUUCUCUGCUGGACUUGGAAGACUAAAGAACGAUAAUCCAAUAAAUAAAGCAAAUGAGAAAGAUUAA